AUGGGGCAAAAGCGCGCGGCGCCCGGCCCGCUGGUUUUCGAGGGGCUUAAUACCCCCGCGAUUCACCUCCCUGAUGGCACAGUGGAACAGUCCUUCCUCUCGCCGAUUCAACCACCCACUGCUCAUCGUAACGGCCACAUGAACUUGGAUACUUUUUCUCCGGUCAACGAAAAUGGAAGCUUUGAAUUUGAUCGGGUCCUCAAGUCAAAGAAAGUGAACCGCCGGGUGAAGCCAAAGCAUGUGUUUAGAGCAUUUUGGAAACCUGCGUAUCUCGUUCUCCGGCCGAACUUGUUAUCGGUCUACAAGGAUGAGGAGGCGACCCGGCUGCGAGCGUCCAUAUCACUCUCCGAGGUGACUGCAGUUGCACCUAUCAAAUCCCACCGUUCUUCACGACAGUUUGUUUUCGCUAUAUUCACUUCGUCGAAGAACUAUCGUUUUCAGGCUUUGUCGGAAAAGGAUAUGGAGGAUUGGAUUGCGAGGAUACGUACCGAAAGCCGCUUAAAUGAAGACGAGGAUGCUCUUUUUGCUCUCUCAAAAAAGAAUGAGCAGCAGGAUGCCGUGGUAUUUAACAAACAGCGCGUCUAUGACACCACUGACCAUUCGGAUACUGAAUAUCGGGAGAGGGCAAGCUCCCCUGAAUUUGGUCGUGACCUGCCUUCUAGUCAUCGAAAGAGACUUGCUAGUCCUGCGGACUAUUCAGCGAAUGACAUUACCUCAUACUCUGAAUGGUCGGAUGGGCCUGGAAGUAACACGAGUGUCCACUCGAAGUCCAAGCCUUCGGCCCAUGAUUUCUCUUCGUCCGCGCCAACCAUUCCGCAGUCUGCUCUUUCUCGCGAAGCCGCUAAAAACCACGAGACCGGGAUCCUACGCGACCCAGAAAGGGUUGUCUGCAGCGGCUACCUGAAGUGUCUCAAGAUGAAAGGGGGUGUGCGACAUUGGAAACGCCUGUGGGUUGUACUACGAGCAAAGAGCCUGGCGUUCUAUAAAAACGAACAAGUACGUUUUUCCUAUCUUUCCUUUUUCACCUCCAACGUGAAUAUGCUAUUUAUGAGAGAGUACUCCGCCGUCCAAAUCAUUCCAAUGACUCAAAUAUUCGACGCCGCAGAGGUUGACCCUAUAUCUCGCUCCAAAAGCUACUGUCUUCAGAUAAUCGCAGAGGAAAAAAUAUACCGACUCUCGACGCCCGACGAAGAAUCUCUUGCGCAGUGGCUAGGUGCCCUGAAAAGUAUAAUUGUUGCGCGGAAGAAACAGGGAAACCAACCAGCAGCGCCAUAA